GCAAUCCCCUUUUAUAGCUCCCUGCGGCGCAUCUUCUGCUUCCUCCGAAAACCCUAACAACACAGACGCAGAGCUUCGAAGAUGGUGCAGCGUCUCACCUAUCGCAAGCGGCAUAGCUAUGCCACGAAGUCCAACCAGCACAGAGUCGUCAAGACCCCUGGUGGUAAGCUCGUUUAUCAGACCACCAAGAAGAGGGCUAGCGGACCCAAGUGCCCCGUCACUGGAAAGAGGAUUCAGGGUAUUCCACACUUGAGGCCUGCAGAAUAUAAGAGGUCAAGGUUACCUAGAAACCGGAGGACUGUGAAUCGUGCAUACGGUGGAGUUUUGUCUGGAAGUGCUGUCAGAGAAAGGAUUAUUAGAGCUUUCUUAGUUGAAGAGCAAAAGAUUGUGAAGAAGGUCUUGAAGAUCCAGAAAGCUAAGGAAAAGCAGACAUUGAAGGCUUGAAUAUGGACAACGAAAUGAGACACGUCUUUUUGGAAGACUGUUAGGUUUGAGUGGUUACGGUAAAUCACAAUUUUUAUUAGAGUUCUCAUGGUAAUUGUGCUUUUAUUAUUUGGCUUGUUUGAACUCAUUCUAGAGCAGUUAACUUUGUCGACAAUGCCAUUGUGUUACAGUUUUGUUUGUCUCAUUUUUUCUUUUGACGAUUUAUUGAUAUCAUCUUGUUUUUAUAUAUCCCAAUAGGACUUUGUAAUUUUCCUCGAAUUGGAAUAUCUCAAUUCUGGCAGCUUUAGUGGUGGUAUUCUGCUAUUAAAAUUA